AUGAGAUCAGCAUCUGGUGGUGGCAGCCGACCCUCAUCCGUCUUUGUGGAGCACCAAUACUCGCCGCACCCCCUCAUCCUCGUCGCAUCCACAUCCGCCUCGCUCGACUCCUCCACCACCUCGCCCCACGACUCGCGUCGCAGCUCGAUGGUGUCUUCGUCGGGCGGAGACAGCUGGACCACGACGAAGAAGAAGAGCAGUGCGACGAAGAGGGACUCGGGCUUGUUCCGGCGCAGCUUAUCCCUGCAUCGACUAUCGCGGCAAUCAGGCCACAUCCUUACCACCACUGCCAACACCGCCUCGCCCGAGGCUAUAGGCGAACCACGGGAAGUACCUGCGCCUGCGCCGGCCACCGCGGCUCCCAGCAUGCCCACCUACCGAUUACUUUGCGAUAUGCAAUUGAUUGGCUCAUUGCGUCUGCACAUCGCCGUUGCAGUCGCAAACUCUAUUUCCUUCUACCCUUUCGCUGUCUCUCUCUUCUCUACCAUGGAAGCGCCGAAUAUUCCACGUUCGCGGUCUCGGGAUGGCAAGCGCAAAAAGAGGUUUGGCGGUAGUCUAACGUCCAUUGUGAAACAGUACCCCCAAUCGGCCAAUGACGGAAGGCGCGACUAUAGGAUGGACAACAAACACCACUACGACCGCCCGGAUACGGCAGCUUCGACCCGCACCGAGCGACAGCGACACAAACCCGACUCGAUUGAUCAUGUGAUCCGUGUUGGCAGCGAGGCGCAUCCGUCGGAGCUGGAGCAGCCGUCGGGAGCGAUCAAUGAGCCGUUGGUGGAAGACUUCCAAGACAGAUACAGUCCGCGACCCCCAGUCUACGCAAUGGCCGGCGACUACCACGCCCAAGCCACCGACUCCGAGACGGACGCCGCCUUCUUCUCCCAAGACAGCUCCGACAUGGAGGCCCACAACGGGCCAAGGGUGCGCUCACGGAACUACGCCGCGCGGAACAUGCACAUACCAGACCGCACAUCCAGCAGCAUGGCGAAGCCGCAAACGAGACAGCCGUCGAGGGGCCCGCCGAUAGUGCGCAAGCGGUCCCUCGCGAAUGCCAACGAAUCAACACCAACCACGCCCGAUGCCACGCCGGGGAGGGGAUUCGGACCCGGUGAUAGGAGCAGCGCGGAGUCCAUCUACUCCCAGGAGACAUCCGCCACCUCCAUCCACACCCUCCCACCCUUGCAAACCAAAGGCCCCGACAACAGCGACGCCCAAUUCCUCGAACCCGUCAUCGAAGACGAUCCCCGCUCCUUCGACCUCGUCGCACCGGCGCAAGACGUCCAAACGAUGGGCAUGUACGCCCUCGAGCGCCGCGCCGAACAACUCCUCAGCGCCGAACAUCUCCAACUCAUCUUCGCCGACCCCAAACUCCUCCUCCGCUUCACCGGCUUCCUCAACUCCCACCGGCCCCAAACCAUCCCCCUCCUGAUUUACUACCUCGACGCGCUAAAAGCCCUCCGCGCAAUCCGUUACGCAAACGCCAUCGCCGAAGCGCUCGAACCCAUCCGCGGCUAUCCCUUCACCGAUCACCCCGCCAAGCCCACCGCCAACACCAUACUCGAAGAGAAAGCGAAAAAAGCCUUCGACAUCCUCGUCCGCGACGACUUACCCGCUUAUAUAGCGUACACCUGGAUCCGCGUCGUCAGCGUCUCCAUCCAACGCCGCAUCACCGGCACCUUGGCGCCACACCUCCGCGAAGCCUCGGAAGGCCUGGCCGAGGUCUUCUGCCUCACCGACCCCAGCCGCCCGGACAACCCCAUCGUCUUCGCCUCGGAGGAAUUCGCGCGCACGACGCAAUACGGCAUGAGCUACGCCAUCGGCCGAAACUGUCGCUUCCUGCAGGGUCCGCGCACGAACCCCAACAGCGUGAGGAGGCUGGCGGAGGCGUGUGUGGCGGGGAAGGAGUUGACGGAGGUGUUCGUCAAUUAUCGCCGUGAUGGCAGCCCGUUUAUGAAUUUGCUCAUGAUUGCGCCGUUGAUGGAUAGUCGGGGGAGUAUCCGGUAUUUCAUCGGGGCGCAGGUGGAUGUUUCGGGGUUGUUGAAGGAUUGUAGUGAAUUGGAUGGACUGGUACGGCUUGUGGGGAGGGAGCAGGAGGGGAGUGAGGAGGGUGUUGCGGGGAGUGGUGGUGGUGGUGGUGGUGGUGGUGGUGGGGAAGCGAAAAAGGAUGAGUUCCAAGAGUUGAGCGAGAUGUUCAAUGGUGCCGAAUUGGACACGGUGAGGAGGUAUGGAGGCAGGAUGCAUAAGGAGUAUGUGGAUGAGAGCGACACGGAGAGUAUCUCUCAUGGCCGCCCACGCCUGCUCUUGACGGAUCCGAGUCAGGAUGCGUUGGAUGAGCGGUUGAGGGAUAGCAUGGCGAGCUCGUUGGGCGCUUCUGCCGCGCUGGCUGGGGUCGUGGGUGGGGAUUUGAAGGCGCGGGUGAAUGGGAAGUUGGAGGGGGUCUAUCAGCACUACAUCCUCGUCCGCCCCGCCCCCUCCCUCCGCAUCCUCUUCACCUCCCCCUCCCUGCGCGUCCCAGGAAUCCUACAAUCUCCCUUCCUCUCCCGCAUCGGCGGCUCCUCGCGCGUCCGCUCCGAUCUCGCCGCUGCGCUCGGUGAAGGGCGCGGCGUCACGGCGAAAAUCCGCUGGCUCACAAAAGCAGACGCAGAAGGUGAAGGCGAGGGCCGACCGCGCUGGAUCCAUUGCACUCCGCUUUUGGGCCACAGUGGCAGCGUGGGCGUGUGGAUGGUGGUGCUUGUUGAUGAGGAGGGGAGCAAGGAUGCAGGGGCUGUUAGUAGGGGACGGAGGUUUCGGCCUGCGCCGCCGGUCGCGACGGAUAUCGGUACGGGUGGGAAGGAUUGGGAUGAGAGUGGGCAUGGGAGGGUGCAGGGGGAGAGGAGUGGGGAGAGGAGGAGGUACGAUCAGUGGGGUAUGGAACGCGAGAGGGAGAGGGCGCCGACGACGACCACAACCACGACGAGUCGGGCGCAGAGUCUGCGGAGUCAUGUUGGUGUACCGGUUAGUGGUGGUGUGGCAGGGAGGGAUGGGGCGGGGAGUGCGAUUGGCCAGCGAGCUGAUGGGCCGGGUGUGGGUUCGGGUGUGGAGGCGACGGACUUUACGUUCAACAUCCGCACGCCGGAUGAGAGGGGCCCGAGGCAGAUGGCAUACUGA